UGUCGGGCUCAGUCGUGAUGCUAAUAUAUUGGCAAACAUGUUAGAGCGAUACAAAGAAUGGGUGCGGCGCCACCCUGGAAUUGUACAAAACCUGGACUGGCUUCUCCUACUCACCGUUUGGAACCCUAGCCGCACAUCUGGUGGCUCGGAAGCAACAUAUGAAGCAUACCAUGCCGCUGUGGGCCUGCUCUCGCUUUGGCACCAGCACAUCAUCGAGGAGAAGGAACUGCCCACUUCGCGGCCGACGCCCUAUCUGCUGCUGGACGCCUUGGAGUAUGUGGAGACGCUCAUUGAGCUGCGCGGCAUGCGGCUGGAGGCGGCCGGCAAGAUGAGCCGCUACUCGCCGCUGCUGGCAGUGGAGCUGGCCAAGGCCGGCCUGAAGAUGGCGGCGUGGUCGCGCUACUCGGCCCACAUGUUCCUGCGGCGGCCCUCGCCCGACGACCUACACCAGUUCGAGAGCGAGCUGGGGCUGCAGGACAUCCUGGCAUCGCUGGAGCGGCUGCGUAGCCGUUACACAGACCACAAGCAGGCGCAACUACGGCGGGAGCAAAAGGAGACGCAGGAGGGGGUGGACGGCUGGCCGGCCUCGGGCUCUGGUGAGUGCGCCAGUUGCAGCGCCGCGGCCUGCGGCUCCGCUGCAGGCGCGGGACCGGCUGCGCCCGGCUGCGGCAGUAGCUGUGGCAGCUGCGGGCCUGCUACUGCCGACCGGUACGGGCUGCGGGAGUUUCUGGGGGAGCAGGUGGGCGGCUGGGCGGCGUCGCUCUACGGGGCCGUGGCGGCUGUAGCAGACGCGUGUCAGCAGCAGCAGCAGCAGCAGCAGCAAUCAGCGUGUGGAGCAGGCUGUAGCAGGAGCGCUGGCGCGGCGGCGGCGCAGCGGCAGGGCGUGGUGGAGGAGCAGGCGGCUGCCGUGGCCGCGGCGGUAGCAGACGAGCGGGCGCGGAGCGGGGCGGCGUGCAGCACCUCGCUGCGGUGUAGCGGCAGCGGUGGCGGAGCGGUGUCAGCAGCGGCAGAUGCCGCGGAACGACUUCGAGCGGUGGAGAGGUGGGAGUGGCCGGCAACGCUCACGAAGCAGGCAGCGGCGGUGUACAGUGAAAUAGAGCCCGAGCAUGGGCUCAAGUCCUCGCCAGCGGGCGGCGCUGGUGGGUGCGCUGGCGCGGCCGCAGGCAAGUCGCAGCCGCCGCAGCAGCAGGCAGGGCAGGCGCGCAGCGCCUGUGGCUCCACUUCCUCUGCUGGUGCCCCCGGCCCCUCACGCGUCAGCGGCUCCUCGGGUUUCCCCUUUGGCUUCGGAUUGGGCCGUGCCGGCGGCGCGGCCGGCGGGGCGGGUGUGGCGGCGGCUGAGGCGGCGGCGGCGGCGGGCGACACGGAGGCGGCGGCCGACCCCGAGGGCCACAUGGGCCGCAACCUGCUGUGGCUGUCGGAGCUGCUGCACAUCUGGCGGCCCGUGGUGUACGUCAGCAUGCUGAGGAGGUACGGGCGGCGCUCCUGGCGGCCCUGGUUCGCCUCUCUGGCGCUGGACCUGUUGUUGGGCCACUUCCGGCGGCGGGGGCAGCAGCACAUGGAGGCGGCGGCGGCGCGCGCUGCUGCGCGCGCGGCGGCGGCGGAGGCGGCCGGCUUCGGCGCUGAGGCGGAGUCGGGGUCGGCGGAGGCGGAGGCGGGCGGCCGGGGCGCAGGCGCGCCGGGCGGGGCGGGCGGCAAGGUGCCGCCGGGUGUGGCUGCGGCGGCGGGGCGGCAGCGGCCGCCUGCACUGUCUCAGGCGGCGGCGGCGGCGGCGGUACCUCGGGGCGCGGGGUCGUCCUUGCUGAGCCUGGCGCUGGCGAGGUCUCUGGCGGCCCCCGGGGUCAGCCCCGGCGAGGAGCGGGAGCUGUACGAGCGGCGGCGCAAGCUGCUGCUAUACGCCCUGCGCAGCCCCUUCCUGGAGGCCACCACACUGUCGUGGCUGUCCUCGCUGCGCUCCGCCACGUCACGGGUGCCGCUGCUGGGCGCGGGGGCGGACUACCUGUACGGCCUGGUAGACACGUUCACCGCCUACUACUGCUACACCAGCGGCAGCAACUAAGUAGGAAGCUGUGGCCUAGGGGUGCAGAUCAGGGUAUGGUUUUCUGGAGGGAACUGCAAAGACCAUGCUGGGAGUCCAGCACCUCCUGGUACUGCUACACCAGCGGCAGCAACCAGUGAGGGGGCUGUGGCAAAGAGGCGCACGUGCCACUGCUACUGCUGUUCCGGCGGCGGCACAUGGGCAGGUUGGCUUGGAGCGCGGAGGGCUUUCAGAUGUGGAUGUGCGAGGCAGAGGGAAGAUAGGGGUGGGAGGCGGCGAAGGGCAGGAGCGCGGUGUUGGCGGCUGGCGGCCGGGGGCGAGAGUGGGGGCAUGCUGCGGCUGGCGACACGGGUGUUGCAUGUGUGGCGCUGUGCCUGGCAAGAUGGCGGUGGCGAUACCGUGUGCAUGUGCGUGUAUGUAUGUGCGUGUAUGUGUGUACACAUGUGUGUGAGAGAGAGUGUGUGUGUAUUGCCCAACCCGACACAAUGGAGAGGCGCAUGAGCAACUGCGUGUGCCUUGGCCGUCCCAUUCUGGAUGUAACUUGUGUAACUUUUGAAUGUGUUUGUGUUCUUGUUGAUGGGUGAAAACCCCUCCGUUUAAUACCGCGAUAGAUGGUGCCAAUCAACUCGUCUUGAGAGGCUCUAUCGGCCUGCGUAACUUACGGCCUGACUAUAAAUUUCACGUGCACGGUUUCCAUCUGUGGUUCCCGAAAAUGUUACGCCCGCGCGCGGCCCGCCCGUUCUGCGUCACACCCAAUUUAGUCAAGUCUCCCUGAGUCUCCCCCCGCAACGUUGGCCCUGGAGAGCCUGAGUGAAGGGCUCUACCCGGGGGGAGGGGUAAUUUCGACUGGGAGAGGGUGAAUGGCUCUACCGCGCUGCGCCAUCUGGGCUAUCACUGCGAUUU